AUGCCCGCCGAUGACCCGUUCUCGUUUCUGCCCGAGCAGCCCCAACCACAAGCCAAACCAAAGAAGCGCGAUUGGCGAGAGAAGCUAUUCUCCAAGGAUAAAAGCAAAAUUGCAUCGCAGACAAAUCAAGAGAUCGCGGAUUUCUUGGGCACGCGGGCUCCGGUAUCAGCGCCAGCGCCAGCGCCCCCGCCUGUCGACCCGAGAUAUGUACCUCCACAGAACAGCCACAUUCCUUCCCUAGGCCACUCCGCUUUCCCCCAGUCUAAACCGGCCCCAUCAGUACCAGCGCCAGUGCCACAUCGCGAAAACUAUGCCGCCUUCGAUUUCUCAGACCACCAGCCUUCUUCCGCUCCUGCCCCCGCUCCUCUCCCCCAUGUGAUUGGAGAGGGCGGUGAUGAGUCGGAACAACCAACAAUUGAAAUCUCAUCGGCCCGCCAAAAAUCGCUGAGCCAAACAGCUCAGUCCGGCAAAAUCCCGACCUCAUCACAAAACCCCUCGCGCUCUAAUCUACCGAACCUACGAGUCGAUACAUCGCUGGGCGAUGGCGAGUCACGAUCUCAGCGAGCUGGCUCUUCGCCUCGGCGUGACGACUGGAAACCGUCGCUCAUGCAAAACACGCGGGAUGCGGAUUUCCUCCAAACUCUACCUCUGCAUAAGAGUGGCUCUAGGCUGUCUUUCCGUGGAGACACCGAAGAGUCCUUGUUUGCGCAACGCGUCCGUGAUAAGAUGCAGGCAGAGGAAGGUCGGGCAUUCCACCAUCGUUAUGAUGAUGACACCCCGUCUCCCGGGGCGGAAGACGAGGAGCUGUCUACCCCCCGAGUCCGCCCAGCCCCGAAAUGCCUUUGA